CAGUAGGUGUCAGUAAUGAUCACCUCAGUGGGCUGAUAGUACAAAAAAGAAGAAAAACGUGGUAGAUGAGGUCUGAAUAAAGUGCUUCACUGGUGCUUCAUGUCGAUUUUAUGCAGUAACACGUUAAACUCCGUCAAAGGGAUUGCUGCUGCUGCAUAAUCCACAACCAAGUCUCACAGCUUUUUACUCCUGGCAAAUGAAGGAGAAUAAGGAGAACACCACUCCUGCCAUUCACAUAACCAAUCUGGACCACAUUAAGCCAUGCUGGUACUGGGACAAGAAGGACUUGGCGCACACGCCGUCGCAGUCCGAGGGCCUGGACCCGGCCACGGAGGCCCGGUACCGCAGAGAGGGAGCCAGGUUCAUAUUUGACGUGGGAACGCGACUCGGGUUACAUUAUGACACCUUGGCUACUGGGAUCAUAUACUUCCACCGAUUCUACAUGUUUCACUCUUUUAAACAGUUUCCAAGAUAUGUGACUGGAGCCUGCUGUCUGUUUCUGGCCGGAAAGGUUGAGGAGACCCCAAAGAAGUGUAAAGACAUCAUCAAAACGGCUCGCAGUCUGCUGAACGACGUGCAGUUUGCUCAGUUUGGAGACGAUCCGAAGGAGGAAGUGAUGGUGUUGGAGAGAAUAUUACUCCAGACAAUCAAGUUUGACUUGCAGGUGGAACAUCCAUAUCAGUUUCUUCUGCGUUAUGCCAAACAGCUGAAAGGUGACAAAAAUAAAGUGCAGAAGUUGGUGCAGAUGGCCUGGACGUUUGUGAACGAUAGCCUCUGCACCAUGCUUUCACUUCAGUGGGAGCCCGAGAUCAUAGCUGUUGCUGUCAUGUACUUGGCUGGACGCCUGUGUAAGUUUGAUAUCCAAGAGUGGACAUCCAAGCAGUCGUCUCGCCGAUGGUGGGAGCAGUUUGUACAAGACGUCCCUGUGGAGCUGCUGGAGGACAUCUGCCAUCAAAUCCUGGACCUGUACUCACAGGGCAAGCAGCCGAUUCCACAGCAGCCACAGAUGCAGGAGAAAGACAAGCCCCAGCCUUCUCCUACAAGUCUGAUCAGUCAACCCGUAGGAAACCCUGUAGCUCCACCACCAUCCAAGAAGAGCUCUCCUCAGGCCAGCCCGCCGCGUCAGCUAAAACGGCAACACCCUUCUCCAAAAGAAGAGCCCAAAGCUCCUACAGAACAAGUCGGUGCUAAAAUACCACGACUGGAGAGCCCGAUGCCUCCUCUACCAGUUAGCCAGCCUCCAGAUCGCAAACCGCCGCCCUCAGCCCCGGCCCCACCCACAGAAGCAGAACCAGCAGCUUCCACUGAUUCGGACUUACCAAAGGCUCCACCUCCACCCCAUGGAGCUCCGCCCCCUCUGCCUCACCGUCCCCCUCCCCCACCACCCUCCAGCUACAUAAUGGGCAUGUCCACAACCAGCUCGUACAUGUCCAGCGAGGGAUAUCAGAGCCUGCAGUCCUUGAUGAAGACAGACACACCAUCCUACCCACAUUUGCCCCCGUCUUACGGGAUGCCUUACCCUCCGCAUGUUUACCCGCCUCCCAGUGCCCCUCCACCAGGCCCACCACCACCUCCACCUGCAUCUUACCCUCCUCCUAACCUUCCUCCACCCACUCCAGCCUACCCACCUCCGGGCUACAACCACAGCUACCCACCGCCUCCUCCACCGCGCAUGCCACCCCCGGGCAUGGCUCUACCUGCAGGAUAUCCACCUCCACCAGGGCAACAACAAGUGCCCAUGCCACCUGUCAUGCCACCGGUGGCAAGCAUGAACCGUGGAGCCUGGAUGAGAUGAAAAAAGCCAAACAAAAACAAUGUGUCAUAGGCAAUAUGUGUAGCUGGGCGUGUGUUUAGAGUGGUGUAGUUCUAAAUAACUUGUGUUGUCUCAGGAAGAACAAUCUGUCAUCAGUCUGACCUGCAUGGUCAAAACCAUUUUGUAUACAUUUCCUCAUGAACAUCCAGAGGUUUUACGGCCAUAUAUUAAGUUAACCAUCAUAAUUCUAGAGCAUCUGAUUCUUUAACGGUGUGUAACUGCCACGCCUCCUCGGACAGGCUCUGAAUCCACUGAGAACAUCAUCAUAUUACAAUUGUAUAUCAGAUAUGAAAUUGGUAUUAGGUUAGCUUUAAAGGCUAGCUUUAGCAGUCUACCCGAGUGUAUCACAUGUACCUCAGUUCUCUCAGGAUGGAUUUAACCAGUGGGAUCUGACUACUGAGAUUCAUUCUGACAGCAUCACACCUGUCCUGUGAUUUAUUUCUUGGCAGAAAGUAUUUCUUGUUCAGAAUCGUCCAUCAUUCUAAACAUACAAUCAUCGAAAAAUAGUUUUGGUCCGUCUGAGAACUUGUUUUUUUUUUUUUUUUCCUCACACCCUUUUGUGCCGAUUUUGCGAUGAGCUACAGUCAAACGUGACGGAUUCCCAGUCGUCUCAGCAGAACCGUCGACGCAGGACGAGCGAGCGUAUUGUGUAAAUACUUUUCAUGACUAGAUCUUAACUUGGAGUCUUGUAGCUGAUAAAUCUGCAGUGCGUAUAUUGUAUACGGCAGAUUCGGGAUUUAUUUGGUGUAAUAAAAGUCCUUUUCCACCACAAA